AUUGUUUGCACGUCGAGUAGAUGGUUGUUGGCUUCAGCCGAAGCUUACUGCAAAGACGACCAAUCAAACAGCCUGAGCGAGGUGAUCUGUGGAUCUAAUAGACUUUGUCGAUCGGUUAAAACUGAUAGUGCAUGUAUGUACAUGUAUAACUUCUGCUAACUGAGAAGAUCAUGUUGAUUCAUUAUGGCUAAACAGAUGCUUAAACAAGCUGCCCUCUCUGGAAUGAAGAGUAAAGAUGAUUUACUGGACCUCAAAAGAAUAAAUAACCAACCUCUGGACAAAAACAGCUCUAACCUUUCUUCUUUACAUAUGGACAAUUAUUUACCAUUCACACCAUUGGGCAGGAAGAAAACCUUCUCCACAUCUACACCCAUCACCCACUUUGCUGGAGACGGCACAGAGACAUCCCAAAUUAACAAGUUCCAGAUUCGGAACAUGGAAAACAGCGAUUCUGAGGAGGAGACUAUGGAGGACGAGUCUCAGGGUGCUUCUGACCAUUCCAGGAGUGCUCCAGUCCAGGAACAUGGCUACACCAAAUCCUUAUCCCAUGACACUGACACAUCUUCAGGGAAAGAGGCCGAUAGUGAGACAAAGGCCAGUGUCUUCCACAGUGAUCAACAAUCAUCCCGUGAAUUGGAAGCUGACAGUAAAGAUGGUUUAAAGUUAAAACCUGCUGCAGACACUGAUGAUAAGAAAAGUGAUUCAGACACGUGUAGUGCUCCAUAUGAAACUGCUACCGGUGGGAGUAAGACUGAGGAGACAGUCAGUGGUCCUCCUGAAAUAUCCACCGUGAGUGGUGAUGAAGGUAAUAAAGGCCAGGAAUCAGCCCAGACCUUCAAGAUGACGAAUGAUAAUGCAUGUGAGAUGUCUGUCAAAAGCAGUGUAAAGCAGGAAGAGUUGGAUCCAGUGAUCCCUACUGGAGGAGAGGGUAAGGUGAUAGAGGAACAUGGGAAACUGCAAGGUGAGGAGAAGGUGACAAAGACACAAGUGAAAGGAGCCACAAGUCAGGCAUCUCAUGAGAUGGAGUGUCAGACAGAGGAAGUAAGUGUGGAAGAAAGCUCUGGUGAGGAGGAUCAGGAAGAAAAACCAGAGAAGAAACAGAAACUGGACAAGGAUGAGGAGGACAUUGGGGGUACCACCCUGACCUUGCUGUGUGAGUCAAUUACCAAAGAGACGCUGGGCCAGUCGUGUAAUGAGGAGGAUGCUGGGGAGGAUAUUGAAGAUGAGGAAGAUGAUGAUGACGACGAUGAGGAAGAAGAGGAAGUGGAAAGGAGAAAGGCAAAAAAGCAGAGGAAAUCUAAUGCUGGGCAGAAUGUAGUAUGGAAAGACGAAUAUGGGUCUAAUCGCGAGCUAGAUGGGGAUCCUGAACUCCUUGCUGUUCCCUUCAAGCAUGGCUGGAAGCGUGAGCUGGUUAUAAGGGGCAUAUAUGAGGAGUACAGUAAAUCUGGCCAGCCCAAGAGGAAGCCCGCAGACGUCUAUUACUUCACCCCAGAGGGCACAAAACUGAGAUCAAAGAUUAUGAUUGCCAAUUACUUGCUUGAGUCUGGCUCAGAAAUGACCCAGGCAAAUUUUUCGUUUAUUCGACGACCAAUACAUAAACCUCCACUCGAGAUGGUACGUCAAGCAGGUAAAUCAGUUGGACGUGGGGCUGGCAGAAGAUCCUCUUCCAUGUCACGAUCCCCUGCUAAAACACCUGUAGUGACAAACUCACCUGGGCGUGGGGGCAGGAAGAGGAAACGAGGGCGCCCCAGGAAGUAUGAAGUGAUCAUGAUGCCCCCGGAGAAGAACCUUCCCCCUCCUGAGGUGGUACUUGAGAGAGAGGGUAAGGAGGAGCCUUACGAACAGCCAUCCCCAGUGUCUCCGGUCCAAGUGAAACCCCCAUCAUCAACCACAGUGGUCGUAGUCCCACCCAAGAAAGUUAAGGCGGUGGCACGCAAGAGUACCACCCAGGCCGCCAAAUGGAACAACCAGCCUGUCAUGCGCUCUCCAAGUGAUAAACCGGUGGGGAGCUCAGUGGAUCAGCUGUGUGGACUGGACUGUCCAGGGCGAGGAGGUGAACCCCCAGACCUCCAGUGUGCCAUGUGUAUGUGCCUCUUCCACCCCCAGUGUGUUAAUCUCCCGGGCCUCCCUAGACCAGCUAUGUUCAUCUGCAGGAGAUGUCAGAGCAGUGGAAAGAUAGUGACAACUACCAGUCCCUUGGCGACUGUACAGACUGUGAGGAACACGUCAAGUCCCUCUUCGUCAUGGACGGUCAGUAGUGCCUCCCCGAGGAUGAUCAUAAAAAACACCAAUAACAAGGUGACACUGAUAACCACCCCAUCAGCGAGCACUGCCAUGCCCGCCCUCAGGAACUGCCUCAACAACACCCCGCCAGUCCCAACAGCUGUCAUGACAAACAGAGCAGCCAAUGCUGCCGGCAAUGUGAAGACAUUCCUGAUACCCAUGUCACCGCAAGGGGCUAACACAGUCCCUCUUAUCAACUCUAUGGGUGUCUCUCUUAUUGGUCCAGUCGCCCCAGUCACUGUGACCUCUUCGCCAGUGCCCAGUGUCAUCAAACCCCCAGAACUGACAAGCCACAUGCCCAGUGGGUCUGUGCCCACUCCACCUUCUGGGUUAAUAGGCGCCCUUCCUAAGCUUACCCCAGCCCCUAUCCCAAAGCCACCUUCUGGACCCACAAGCAUGUCUAGUGCCAGUCAUCCUCAACCUCCACAGCUGUUCAAAAAUGGUGUUUCUGUGUUUAACUUGACCAAGCCAACUGUCAGCAGCCCACCAGCAUCUUCGAUUAAGGAUUCCACGAUCAGUGUGUCAAACGCUACCCUAGUGACCAAAACCUUGAAGGACCCCAAUAAGCCAGGUGGUGGAGGUGGGGGUGAGGGCGGGGGUGGAGAGGUAGUGACUGAGGACGAGAAUAAAUCCACCCCCGCCCAACUGUUAACCCUUCCUUCUGCUGUGGUCAGUCGUCUUAACCUCAAACAGCCCUUGGCACUGAAGAUCAAUAAUGUGCAGGUAGUGGCGCCUCCGUCCUGCUUCAUGAAGUCACAUGAUGGUGUGGUGAAGGUGUGCCUCCCUGCCCACACCAUCCCUCUGCUGGCUGGAACCUCCUCCACACUGAACAUGCAGGUUAAGGUGUCUGGGGACAGUCAGAACAAUAGCCUCAAGCUUGUACAGGCAGAUCCCAGUGCCUUAGACAGUCUUAGUAAAACUGACAAAGCUCCAGAUGGUUCUGUGCCCUGUAAGAUGGACUCCAGAUCUACGAGUAAACCCAAACGCAACCUCAAGAUCUGCCAUUUCAGGAAUCUGUGGAGCGGCUAUGAGGCUAUGCAGCGGAUUUUCACACAUUUACAUGUCAAAGAUCUGCUGAGGGUCAGAUGUGUUUGCAAAACAUGGGACCGGCUGGUUCGACAGCUACCAAUGUGGGAACAUUUAAAUUUAACAGGCAUUUAUGUCAGGCACUGGCAGAAAGCUGUGCAGUUCCUUAAUAGAGUUAGGACAGAAUCUCUGGAUUUUCGGAAGUAUGAUGCUCAGCUUGUAGAAUCAGAGUUGUUUCCCGUGCUCGGUGAACUACCCUUAAAACAACUCCAGUUUGGAGAGGUGACCACACCAUUCCUACACCAAGUGGCGAUCAGCAUGACCCAUCUCACUCACUUCUCUGCACAGGUCAGAGGGGAAAGUGGCCGUAGUCUUAAUUUUGUAAAACUCAGCCAUUUGAAGGUGCUAAGAGAGUUAAAGCUGUAUCAUAGCAAGAAAGAAAUGGACGGUGAUGAAGAGUGCUUGGAAGGGGGACAACUCAAGGUUUCCAAAUUUGCUGAUCUAGGAUGUAUGAGACAUUUAGAAGUUUUGGUGCUGAAAGGUAUUGCAGGGGUGCGAGAGAGCGACUGGAGCUUUCUAUGGAAAAUGAACAUGCUACGGGAACUAGAACUGAGUGACUGCUCAUCCUGGAAGUCUGCAGUGUAUCGUGCCCUGGGUCAGUGUCAGAGGUUGCAGGUUCUUAAGUUGUCUAGGGGAGGGACAUUCCCAGACACAGGCAUGGCAGAUGCACUAUCAAACCUGACAGAAUUAAGACACCUUGAGCUGAGGACAUGGAUUAUUCCACACACCUUACAGGAUGUGUUACCUGAGCUGGAACACCUGCACACGCUUGUUCUUACACCUGAUACUACAUCAAAGGCGGCAGUGAUAAAUAGGAAUACCUUGUCAGCGGUAUGGGACCUGUCCCUCCUGAAGAAUCUGAAGUGGGGUAUUAAACACAGUCGUGACGGGACCAUCAUCCUGAACAAUGGGAGCGGAGAGGAGGGAGACUCGGCGGCUAGCUCCGUCUCUCAGGUCAAACAGACCACUCAGUGCAUUCCUUUCUUAGCGGACGAGCUGUCGUCAGACCACAUUGAGCCGGUUGAUAUUGAUCGGAUGACUCAGUUCAUCAGUGUAGAACAACUGAGGGAGAAGCUACACAGUUUGUUACCCAAGACCAAUAUAGAGGUGUACUUGAUCUCCUGUAAACAGACUAGUGGUGAGGCUAACAUGAUCAAGGGAGGUACCGGUGAGGUUGAUCAGGGCAAGGCUGGUGUAAGCAAUGUCAGUGGUACUAAGGCUGGUGUAAGUGAUGUCAGUGGUACUAAGGCUGGUGUAAGCGAUGUCAGUGGUAUUAAAUCUGGUGUAAGUGAUGUCAGUGGUAUUAAAUCUGGUGUAAGUGAUGUCAGUGGUAGUCAGGCUGGCGUAAGUGAGAUCAGUAUUAUUAAGACAGGGGUUAGCGAGAACAGUGUCAGUAAAAGACACUCACAGUCAGGCACAGAUGAUGGUAUUGAGGAUAUGGAAACAGAGGUCUCCUCAGUUGUGAGCAUUACACCUCAGGACACCUCAGCUGUGAGUUAUCAAGAUGAACCCAGCUUAUCUGGGGAAGACCCGGCAAGAACAGCAUAAUACCCUGGGUUGUAUUGUACCCUUAACACUGUGGCUUCUCACCCCUGCUCCCACAGUCAAGUCAAACCAUUCACAUUCAACUUCAGAGCUGAUUUGGUUCAACUAAAAUAGGUACAGUUAACUAGUGAUCACUAAUCACUGUGAAUACUGGCUAUUUUCCUGCUAAGCUUUAUCCAAAGUGUCAGGCCACAGAUAGAGUACUGCAAGCUCACUGUGGCUCACUGUGGUUCAAUGUGGACCUCGCAGCAUGUGCAAAGUAUAUCUGUGUCAAAUUUUCAACAGAAAGAAAACAGUGCUUCAGAUGUUAUACAUGUCACCUCAUAUAGGCUUACCAUUACCAUGACAAAAGGCUGAAGACAUGCUGUGCAGAAGUGCAUGCUAUGUGCUGCUCAUUUAAGCAGGUGUUUUAAAGCAGUGAGAAGUUUGUAUUGGACACAAACUAUAGUAGUGAGUGAGUACAGUGGAAACAGUUAUGGUUCGACCUGUACAGUCAUGGAACACAGUGAUGCUUCAAUGUGGACAUGGCGAUGACUCAACAUUGACACAUUGGUGAUUCAGUGUGGACAUGGUGAUGAUUCAACUUGGACACAGUGAUGAUCCAGUGUGAAUGUUGUGAUGACUCAACUUGGGUACAGUGAUAAUUUAGUGUGGAUGUGGUGGUUCAAUGUGGACACAGAUUUUGUGUGGACACAAUGAUUAUUCAGUGUGGACAUGAUGAUGGUUCAAUCUAGAGACAGUGAUGAUUCAGUGUGGACAUGGCAAUGGUUCAAUCUAGAGACAGUGAUGAUUCAGUGUGGACAUGGCAAUGGUUCAACUUAGAGACAGUCAUGAUUCAGUGUGGACAUGGCAAUGGUUCAAUCUAGAGACAGUGAUGAUUCAGUGUGGACAUGGCAAUGGUUCAACUUAGAGACAGUCAUGAUUCAGUGUGGACAUGACGAUGGUUCAAUCUAGAGACAGUGAUGAUUCAGUGUGGACAUGGCAAUGGUUCAAUCUAGAGACAGUGAUGAUUCAGUGUGGACAUGACGAUGGUUCAGUCUGGAGACAGUGAUGAUUCAGUGUGGACAUGGCAAUGGUUCAGCUUAGACACAGUCAUGGUUCAGUGUGGACAUGGCGCUGCAGGGGUUUAUAGAAGUCAUCUGGACAAGCUGGUAUUCGGUACAUUGAUUGAAUAAAAAAACUCAGUAUCUGGUCAUAUUCAUUCAAUUUGGAUUGAUUUUUGAAAGAAAUUUUCAAAAUUUUUAUUAUUAAACUCAAUUUGAACAUCUACAAAGUUCCGUGAAGCAACCUGUUCGCAUUGCAAGUUAUCUCCCUUGUACAGAAAUCUUCAUGACCAGCUGUGUUCAUCAGACAAGUUCUGGAAGAGGGGGGUGUAUGAAAUCAAACAUAACACGCAGUAACCUACUUUGGUCUCUGCCAUUAAUUAUUGUGUACCGAGUGAGCAGACGUUCCACCCAGACAAACCAACCUGGAUCAAACAUCAUAUAUUCCUUGCUCCUUGCAAGCAGUUAUUGUUCGUGUUUUUGAAUGACUUCAUCAAGUGUUCAG